GGCGUACACCAAUAAUAAUCGCGCGCGUAUAGAGAUACGUGUGUACCGCCGCGGACAACGCGUGUGCAGCGCUAUCAUUGUAUAUUCAUUCGCGACCGUACCGCCGUCAUGUGCAGCAGGGCCGCCAUCACCACGUCCGCGGACGAUCAACUGCAGCAGGGCUCGGAAGCCGGCGCCGAUGCCGCAGCCGCCGACUCGUCGCAGCAAGCAAACCUCAACCGGUACCGGUUGCAUCUCUACAAUUACGCGCUGCAGGCCGAACGACUGCGGCUGUCAGGCGGAUGGGGCGCCGUGUGCCCCGUUUAUCCGGCAGCGGCCGCGGCCAUCUACCAGCCUCGGUUUCCCGUGUCGCUGUUCCAUCCCAACGGCGGCGGCGGAGUGGCCGGUGGACUGCAGACGGCCGACGAGCCCAAGCCUCAGCACAGCUACAUCGGACUGAUCGCCAUGGCAAUACUCGGGUCGGCCGAGGGCAAGCUCGUGCUGUCCGACAUCUAUCAGUAUAUACUGGACAAUUAUCCGUACUUCCGGACCCGGGGCCCUGGCUGGCGCAACUCGAUCCGGCACAACCUGUCACUCAACGACUGUUUCGUCAAGGCCGGUCGAUCGGCCAACGGCAAGGGCCACUACUGGGCCAUACACCCGGCUAACGUGGACGACUUCAAGAAGGGCGAUUUCAGACGACGGAAGGCCCAACGCAAGGUUCGCCGACACAUGGGCCUGGCCGUGGACGACGACGGUAACGACUCUCCUAGUCCACCGCCACCUCCUCCGCCACCACCGCCGCCGCAGACUCAUCUGCAGCAGCAGCACCACCAUCACCUGCACCAUCAUGUGCAGCAGCAUCAUCACCAGCAGUCACAACAUCUGCACCACCAGCAGCAGCAAAGGUCGCCGCCUGCUUUGUGGCAGUCGUCCGCGGCUGGUCACCCACAUCACCCGUUUUACUUCCAACCGGUCGUACCGCAACCCACGGCUAUUCUGCAGCAGCAGCAGUUGCAGCAACAAUCCGCGGCGCUCUUGGUGCCGGCUAGGGCACAGAAACGGCAGUUCGACGUCGCGUCGCUACUGGCGCCAGACCCGCCGAAACGCAUGUUGCAGCAGUUGCACCGGAACGAUCCGAUGGUGGCGUUGACCGCAACCACUGGCGCCGGGAGCAGCGACGACGAUGACGAGACGGCGACGUGCGGCGGCCGGAACGGCGUCGGUGGCGUCUGGGAACCGGCGGGCCUGCUUCAACGUUACUACGAGCAGCAGCUGCAGGCUGCACACCGGCUGCACGCGUUCCGCCAGUCGUUGGGCCUACAGAGGAUGAUCGGAGGUGGCCCGUGGCCCACUUUCAUCGUUCAGGACCGUAACCAGACGCCCACGCCGCCGUCGCUGCAGCCGUACGCGGAGGACACCACACCGAUGACCGACGACGCCGUCUGCAAAACCGAACUAGUCGACUGAGGUAAACGCUAUCCGCCGUUUUCCGAUUUUUCUAUUUUAAUAAUAAUAUAAUAUAUUAUAUAUUGUAUACCUACCUAUUAGAUAUAGGUAUACUUACUCCUUCGUUUCGUUUYGGACUUGCCUGCGUAGACGUCAUCGCCUGACGAUUUACAAUUUCCAUGUAAUAUAUAUAUUAUAUAAAGUCAAACUGUAAAUUUUUCGUAAAACAAACCAAAUUAGUUCGUCCAAAAGGCAUAAAUUAUAAAGAUGAUAAUUUAAAAUUUGAGAGGUUGCUAAUCAUCCAACACUCCUCCAAAAUCUCGCCUAUUAUCAACGGCGAUUAGUUCGAAAUUUCCUUCCAUUUUUGCGUACRGUACACGAUAAUUUAUAUAUAAUAUUAUAUUGUGUAUAUUAUGAAAAGUAUAGGUCGUCACUGAAUCAAAUCAUAUUCACGGUGAUCAUCCUAUUACUUGAUUUCGGUUUUUUUCCCAGUGAUAUAAUGAUACGUAUAGUACCUAUUAUUAUAAUAUAAUAUUAUGUAUAGGUACAUUUAUAUAAAAUAUGUAGCAUACAUACAAAGUAGGUACUAUAUAAUUUAAUAUCGUGAUGAUGUGUAUUAUCAGUCGAGUGGUGGUCGUUUGGGCGAGUGUAAUAAUAUAAUUUUGACCAUAUUAAUGAAUAUUCCGAUUUGGAUAGUAUCAUAUUUUAUACUAUUUGGGAGGGUGAAAUUAAUUCUACCUUUCGUCUGCGAUAUGCCAAUAUGCAUCUAUAAUGGUAAAUGUUGUUUUAUUUCAAAUCACUAAAUUAUAACAGUAUACUAUAUAGUACUCUCUAUUAUAUGUUAYGUCAUAUUGCUAUAUCAUUAUAAUAUCCUUUUGAAACUAUAUAGAGAUAUAUAGUCCAUUGUUAAUGAUAUAUGUUUAUGUCGUAUGUGCUUUAAUUUUAUUUAUUUCAAUUGGAACUGUACAUUACUUUAUGUGGCGUAUAAAUYAAUUUACCKAUAAACCUAUAUUCUUAUAUAUUCGCCCAAACGGUCUACGGCUAUAUAUACUGUAUAGGUGGUAUGUAUAAGAAAAUAACUGCGAUGCGCAGAAAUAUAAUAUAUAUAUAUAAUUGCUGUCCGACUAUUAUAAUUUAUAACUAUAUAUAUAGUAUAUAUUAUGUUUAACCCUGUUUGGAAAAGUUAUUAUUUAUGUUGUGUUAUACGAUGUUUAGAUUAUCGAUAAUAUAGAGAAAUGUUUUUAA